AUGCAACUCCAAAGAUCUUUGACAGCUAUAUAUGUUAAUACUAUUAACACUUUUCUUAAAGUUAGAAAACAUUUACUCGAUUUUCAAAUUACUAAGAGCAAGAAUAAAUUUCAUAGCGAAGAUGUUAGUAAUAAAAACAACUUUACGCAAAAAAUCAACAAGUUACAAAUGCCAGUAAGACCCAACUAUAGUGCACCUAAACUACCAAUUGUAUUAUGUCACGGACUAUUUGGAUUCGAUAAACUUGGUCCCGAUGCAAUUCCAUAUUUACAAAUACAUUAUUGGGGAGGUGUCCAAGAAGCUCUUAAAAAGCUUGGUGCUAAAGUUGUCACUACUAAAGUUCCAAGAACUGGUUGUAUUCGUGCUCGUGCACUAGCUUUACAUCGUAUCUUGGAAUCUACUUUACAUGGAUUCGAAUUGAACUUAUUAGCACAUUCAAUGGGCGGUCUUGAUUGUCGAUAUUUAAUUACACAUUUACCAACAGAUAAUUGUAGUAUACGCUCUCUAACCACAAUAGGGACACCACAUCGUGGUAGUCCUUUUAUGGAUUGGUGUAGAGAUAACAUAGGUUUAGGCAAGCUUUCUAAAUCAUUUGAGUCAGCUGAAAAGGCAGUUGAUGAUUUACUCAAAGAAUUAGAGGAAAGAUGUCAUUUUUGUAUGAAUUCUUUUAAUAAAAACACUCCAAACCAUCCUUCUAUAUUUUAUUAUUCAUAUGGUGCUGCAACUGAAAUUCCAAUAUGGUCACCAUUAUAUUUUCCUUAUCAAAUAAUUAGAGAAAAAGAAGGACAGAAUGAUGGCCUGGUCAGUUUAAAAUCUGCUCAAUGGGGGAGAUACGUACGUACAGUCGAAUGUGAUCAUUGGGAUUUGACUGAUAGUUGGAGAUUAAAGCUUAAUUCAUUAAAUCAGUUUGAUCCUGUAGAACUUUAUGUUGAAGUCGCUACUUUAUUGGCUAAUGAAGGUCAUUAA